AUGGCCACCACCGUGCCCUGCACCCGCUUCACUGACGAGUACCAGCUCUACGAGGAGAUCGGCAAGGGAGCUUUCUCGGUCGUCCGGCGCUGCGUCAAGCUCUGCACUGGCCAUGAGUACGCUGCUAAGAUCAUCAACACCAAAAAGCUCUCAGCCAGAGACCACCAGAAGCUGGAGCGCGAGGCACGCAUCUGCCGGCUGCUCAAGCACUCUAACAUCGUGCGGCUCCAUGACAGCAUCUCUGAGGAGGGGUUUCAUUACCUCGUCUUUGACCUGGUAACAGGUGGUGAACUCUUUGAGGACAUCGUGGCGCGGGAGUACUACAGUGAGGCUGAUGCCAGCCACUGCAUCCAGCAGAUCCUGGAGGCUGUCCUGCACUGUCACCAGAUGGGGGUGGUCCACAGGGACCUCAAGCCGGAGAACCUGCUCCUGGCCAGCAAAUGCAAAGGGGCAGCAGUGAAGCUGGCAGACUUUGGCCUUGCCAUCGAGGUGCAGGGGGAUCAGCAGGCCUGGUUUGGAUUUGCCGGCACACCUGGCUAUCUGUCCCCUGAGGUCCUGCGCAAAGAGGCCUAUGGCAAACCGGUGGACAUCUGGGCAUGUGGGGUCAUCCUGUACAUCCUGCUGGUGGGCUACCCGCCGUUCUGGGACGAGGACCAGCACAAACUCUACCAACAAAUCAAGGCCGGGGCCUACGAUUUCCCUUCACCUGAGUGGGACACAGUCACUCCCGAAGCAAAAAACCUCAUCAAUCAGAUGCUGACCAUCAACCCUGGCAAGCGCAUCACAGCCCACGAGGCCCUCAAGCACCCGUGGGUCUGCCAACGUUCUACCGUGGCCUCCAUGAUGCACAGGCAGGAGACAGUGGAGUGCUUGAAGAAGUUCAAUGCCCGGAGGAAGCUCAAGGGUGCCAUCCUCACCACCAUGUUGGCCACCAGGAACUUCUCAGUGGGCAGACAGACCACCGCUCCUCCCACCAUGUCGGCGGCUGCUGCCGGGGCCCCCCUGGGGCUGGUGGAACAAGCAGCUAAGAGCUUACUGAACAAGAAGGCAGACGGUGUGAAGCCUCAGACCAACAGCACCAAAGGCAGUGCUGGCGUCACCAGCCCCAAGGGGACCCUCCCGCCCACCGCUCUGGAGCCUCAAACUACUGUAAUUCAUAACCCCGUGGACGGCACCAAGGAGUCCUCUGACAGCACCAACACCACCAUUGAGGAUGAGGACACCAAAGCCCGCAAGCAGGAGAUCAUCAAGAUCACGGAGCAGCUCAUCGAGGCCGUCAACAACGGGGACUUCGAGGCCUACGCGAAGAUCUGCGACCCGGGGCUCACCUCCUUUGAGCCCGAGGCACUGGGCAACCUGGUGGAGGGGAUGGACUUCCACCGCUUCUACUUCGAGAACUUGCUCUCCAAGAACAAUAAGCCCAUCCACACGACCAUCCUGAACCCGCACGUGCACGUCAUCGGGGAGGACGCUGCCUGCAUCGCCUACAUCCGCCUCACCCAGUACAUCGACGCGCAGGGCCGGCCCCGCACCAGCCAGUCCGAGGAGACCCGCGUCUGGCACCGCCGCGAUGGCAAGUGGCAGAACGUCCACUUCCACGGUUCAGGGGCCCCUGUCGCCCCGCUCCAGUGAAGAGCUUGCGGUGGCUGUCCUGGUUCCAGCCCGAUGGAGACGGCGAUGGGAGCCGAGGCGGCAGCCGGAGCUGCGGCCCCCCCAAGCACGCGUCCGCAUGCCUGUCCCCCCUACCCUGGCCCCUGCUCCCCCCCUCCAGUGCCUGUGUUUGCAGAAAACAAAAAGAAAAAAAAAAAAAAAAAGCUGAAAUGAUGAAGACAAGGAAAAAAAGGAAAAAAAAAGGGGAAAACCCACCCCAAUCCGAACCCCACCCACACCCCCAAACCCAACCCAGCCGCUCGGCCACAGGUGAGGGCGCUGGGGGGCUCAGCCCCCCCCCUUGGCCCGUCUCUGCUGGGGGGGGAAGGGGGGUCCCAGCCCCCCUCCCGGCUGUGCUCGUGGCGUGUUGCUGUCGCUGGUGGUGGAUGUUGUUCUUUGGGCUCCGCUUUGCUCUGUCCUGCCCCAGCCCCUGUACAUAGAGAGAGCUAUUUAUUUUUGAAUUCCCACGGGGGUUCCCAGCAAUGGGGGGGCUGCCAGGGGGUGAGUGAGGUGGGGGGGACAGACAUGGACUCUAUCCCCUCCACCCCAGUCCAGUGCCUCCCCUGUGAGUGCUGCCUAUGGGAGCCCAAGGCUGAUCUUGGGCAUUGCUGCGCAGGGAACACGGCGAGUGCCUUUGGGAGGGUUCACCAGUCACACCCCCGUGUUCCCACCCUGCUGAUCCCCAGCACCCCAUGUCACAGGUGCCAGCUCCAGCUGCUGGCAGGUUGGGGCA